UCAUCGUCCUAAAAAUAUUCAAUUUUGCAUGCCGGAACAGGAAGAUUGUACAUGUUACGUUACCUCCUGCCCGCAGAACAAUGGAUCGUCUUUCGAUAAUGAAUGUACACAAGAUUAUAUGUUUCCUUCAUUUGUUCCAUUAAUUGCGCAAACAAAGUCAAAACAAAAUGAAACAGUGACAAAUGGGAACGUUGAUGGUUUCACAUACAAUUUAGUACUUCCAACAGGAAGUAACAAAAAAGCAGCUGCAAUAGCAGCAUGUGUAACAUCAAUGGUAGUUAUCGCACUUGCCAUGUACCAUAGUUAUCAUGUGCGGAUGGAUCACAUUAGAACAUGUAGAAAUACGGGAGAUGAGAUAGAUGGAACAUGUGGAAACCAGGAGGGAUUUAACUCCAAAAUUGGCGGCAAUGAAGAUGGAAUUGAACGAGAUUCCGCUUAUGACGAAGAGGAAUAUACAACAACAACACGUUUUGCUGUUUUGACUGAUAAAUUGGAGAAAAUAUGUUCAAAACUCGAUACUAAUAUUGGAACAGCAAUUUGUCAGAUAAAGUCAAAAGGUGAUCGUUGUAAAGAAGUAUUUAAUUUAUUAGUAGCUGUUAUAGACUGUGUAAAACAUGUUAGAACACAUGAAAUAAACAUAGAAGAAGGCGUUAAGCUGAUAAAGGUUAUUUCAGAUCAAGCUAAUACUAUUUGUGGAGAUGACAUCGAUUGCAUUCAAAUACCAGCGGCACUUUUGAAGCUGAUAUGGCCAGUCCGAUUAACGAAAAUUGUUGAAAAUGACAAAUUGCCUGUUAAGUUGAAUAAAGCAAUUGUAGCAGUUCGAAAUAAAUUUGAAACUCUUUCUGGAAGUCUAAAUGAACCUGAUGACCAACAAGACAGUAUAAACACUGUCGAGGAUAUAACUAAAUUUGUCGAGGAUUUACAGAAAAAAAUUACUUCUUUAAUUUACAGCAAAAAUACACAAAAUAAAAAUGAAGUAAUAAGAGUGCAAAAUAAAUCGCACGCAUUAAUUAACCUUUAUAUGAACAUACAGUUUUUGAGAUCUGCAUAUUGUAUCAGAUACUUCAGCCGUUCGUCCGAUAAUAUAGAGCGAAUGUACAAAGAACUGAAGAAUAUAGAAGAAACCCAAAAGCAAUUCCUUCAAGUUUUUGCACAACCAACAGAGGAAACUGUUGCAUUUUUUGGUUUAUUUUAUCCAUCAAAUUAUGAACUCAUCAAUGAUUAUAUGGAGGUUAAAGGGAUUGUACUUCAAGAUCUCUCACAUGAGUUGGACAAUCAAACGUUUGCAAUUCGUCCACAAAGAUGGCUGGAGCAUUGGGCAGUAAUGUCCAACCUUCCUGCAGGAACAAUAUGGAGUACUAAAAAAUGUAAUAAUAAAAGUGAUAUUGUUUUCCAUUUUAAAUUAAUAUCGAAAGUCGACAAUAUUUUUCUAAUCAGUGCAGUUCAAUGGCCUUCUUGGUUUAUGUAUAUGAACAAAAAUGGAGCUGUUAGAGGUCAAAAUAAAAAGACAGGUUCUAAAAGAGAAUGGAAAAUAGUUGGUUUGGGAGAAGAGAAAUACAUGAUGUGCACGCGAAGAUGGCCAAGCAAAUUCAUAUAUAUGGACGGUGGAAUGUUUGGGAAAGUUUUUGGUGGAUACAAACCCAAAGGAUCUAAAGGACAUUUGAUUUUAAUAGAUGAAAACGAAAUUGUUUUUUAACGUUUGUUUUGCAAUAAGGUUAUUUAUAUGGCUCAUUUGGUAGUACUAUGAACCAGACAUCAGUCUUUUGCAGCUGUUUCUAUUGUUUUGUUGAUACAUCACUAUUCUAUGUCAUUGGAAAUAAGCAAUCAAAACUAUUGUUUCCAGUGACGAUUGGUUUCAUGAAGCAUGUAACUAGUUGUUAUAGUUGUUAUUUGUUAGUUGUCUUCCAGAUUUUGGUUAUGCGUAUCCUUACUGUUAAACUUAUUGUUGACCGUAUAUGAAAUUGUAAAGUGAAUGUGCAAGCUGUAAGAGGACAUUUAAGACCCUUGUCAAUUACAUUCCCAUGAAUAGACCUCACAGAAUGAAUUUAAAAGUUUUUCAAAAUAAAAUUAAAAAAAAACGAUAUUCGAUUAGGAAAAGACUUCUAUUUGCAAGAUUUUAAUGUUUUUUAACGACAGUUUUGCACCGAUAGUAAUCAGA